GUACGUCAUGCUAAGGAAGUAAGGACGUGCCGAAGCAGUGGCGUGUGGGCCCCCGCCAGUUGGUUCUAACGCAAAUAAACUGUACAUAAACCAAAAGUGGAUGUCAGUCUUCCAUAUUACAUGUAGAUAACUGAUACUUUGACAAACUGCGGACCAACAAUGGGAGCGAACAACAGCACCCGUCGCGUGUCAUUUGAGUCAGAUGAGAACGAGAAUAUAACGGUGGUGAAGGGCAUACGGCUUUCUGAGAAUGUCAUCAACCGCAUGAGGGAACCUGAAGCUCCUCCUAAACAUCAACAUGCUCCCACUCCACCACCUUCCCAGGCACCUACCCUCGCUCCUUCUCCUCUCCUGCGGCCAGUGCCUCCCUCCUUUGAACCAAUCAGCUCCUUGCCUCCUCUCCCUCCACUUUUAGAACCCGUUGCACCUCCAGCUCCUCCUACACCAACUCCUCCAUCUGCCACAGAGACUGUGGCUGCACCUCCACAACCAUCUCCUCCUCCUCCUCAAGCACCUACAGAACAGGUAGUCGCACCAACCCUAAUUGACAUGGUGCUUCCAUCCUCAUCACCCCCAGCUGCUAAUGCUGUCGCUGCUCCUGCCUUUGAGGUUGUGGCAGCACCUCCUGCUCCUGCCUCUGUUGAGCCAGUCAUUUUGCCUACAUCUCCCCCUCCUCCUCCUCCUCCUCCUCCCCCCAUUGCUCCCCUGAUUCCUGCUCCCUGCACUGUUCCGGCUCUGGAAGCGAUCACUCCGCUUGCUUCUCCUGCACUUGUAAUUGAACCGUCUCCUCCUCCCAUAAAUCAAUCUAUUGCUUCCUCUCCACCAGUAAUUGAACCCAUUGCUCCUCCACAUGUGAUUGAACCCAUUGCUUCUUCACCACCUCCUCCUGCUGUCAAUAUUGAACCCAUCAUUGCUCCCCUUCUUCCCGAAUCAGAACCCCUCUCUUCUCCUCCUGUUUUUGAGCCUGUCACAACCAUGCAAUCAUCCCUGCAUCCUUCAGCUCCUGCUGGGCUAUUUGCUUCAUCUCCCCUACCUGUUACUGCUCCUUGUGAACCAGUUGCACCUCCUCCUCAGCCACCAGUGAAGCCAGCAUCUCCUGCCCUGCCCCCCGAGCCAGUGGUAGUGCCUGAGUCGAGUUCGGUCCCACCACCUCCUGCUGCACCACCCGUUGAUGAAGAGGCCUUGAGGAAGAAGAUCACUGAUGAGCUGUAUAAAGGCUUGGAGCAAGAAAGAGCCAAGGCGGAGCAAGAGCUGCAAGCCUGGCUGGAAGCAGAGAAGGCUCGGGCAGCAGCCAAGGCGCGGUCUGAGGCCCAGUCCCAGGUCCAACAUGAUGUGUCCAGGAUCCUGUCUGUGGAGCGGGCCGUGGCCCAGGAGAACCUCCAGCAAGCCAUCAUAAGAGAGAGGAUCACCACUGAGGAUGAGAGGCUGCGCGCCCAACUCUUUGCCAAGCAGCUGGAGGCCAGAGAAGCAGACAUAAAGAAGCAGGAUGCUUUCUACAGAGAGCAGGUGGCCCGGCUGGAGGAGAGAAGUGCUCAGUUCUACAAGGUCACCACAGAGAACUACCAUAAAGCUGCCGACCAAGUGAAUGCCAAGUUCAAGCGGUAUGAGAUGUACCCUGUGUGCGCAGAUCUGCAGGGCGAGAUCCUCACAUGCUACAGAGAGAACGUUGGGAAAACCCUUAACUGCUCCAACAUAGCAUCCCUUUACCUACAGUGUGUCAACAACACCAAACAGAACAAGUUGAGGGCCGGGAGUUAAGGAAGAAAGUGGAAGAAAGAGGGAGCAAUGAAAAGUUUAUGGUGUGGGGUUACUUAUUAUCGACGGACUAGACAGACCAAACCGGAGUGGAGAAAGUGAGGAAUGACUCAGCACUACGGCACACACCCUCCAAACCCAGUGGUGAACCGAACCAGACUAGAGACACCGAACACAGCAUCCUGAGAGAGAAAUAGACAUGUUUUCCCCUUGAUUCUUAUCUCCUUCCCCACCUCUCUUCCCUUUUGUCUAUCUCUCCUGUGAGUAUGUAGGGAGGCAGUGACGCUGUCUGCUGUUGCAGCAGGGGCCGACCGCACCCAGCAGGGCUGAGCUUAGCCCACUAGAAGGACAGUAAAAAUUAGCCAGAACAACCACAAGAAAGAAUGCCAUCUCUGUCAUAGGUCACUUGGACCCAUCCCCUCUUACUCCAACACCGUUAGGAAAAUAAAAGUCUAUUUUUAUGAAUAAAAGUCAGUCCUAUUUUGUUGCUGCUUCUAAUGCACUAUCCUGUACACAAAUGCACAUGUACGCAUCUUUUUCUUGUUUGCAUCUGUUGUGUGAGUUUGUGUGACGUUAAUAAUGUAACGAUCUGCGUGUUGAGUAUUCACCCAGACCAACACUUGUGACAAUGUCUGAUCAGAGGAAAUAAAAGACGAAACGAUGCAGGAA